UCGCGUCUCUCUCCCUGUCUCCCUGUCUCCCUCUCUCGCCCCUUGUCCACGCGUAGAGCAACUCGGCCACUCACCCCUGCAGAACGCGCGUAAAGUCACACACGCCCCUGACGUGCAAUUGGACCGUGGGCAAGGAUCUUUAGACCCCGCGACAUCCGCCGUGUCGCCUCUGGGUCAGCACGUUGGUGGGACGCACAGUGCAGCGGCUGCGUGCGUCUGGCAGAGGAGAGCGAGUGAGAGAGUCUAGGGAAGGAAGCGAUGGCGCCAGGAAGGGACGCUCCGCUCUCCGUGGGAGAGGGAGUGCGCAUGAUGUUUUACGCCCUGUCGCCGAACGAGUCCUCCUUUCAGACGCUCCAAGAAGUACCCAACUACGUGGCGCAGGCGGUGCCGUACUUCUGGGCGAUGAUCCUGCUGGAGGUGACUCUGUGCUGGCUCAAGGGCGCCCGCCUGCCGCGCGUCAACGACACCGUGGGCUCCGUGUCGGCCGGCAUGCUGUCCCAGCUCGCCAAGUUGCUGACGCGCAGCGUGGAGCUGUCGGCGUUCAUCUUCGUGCACGAGCGCUACCGCUUCGCCUCGCUGCCCUGGGACUCGCCGCUCACCUGGGCCGUGACCUUCCUCGGGGUCGACCUCGGCUACUACUGGUUCCACCGUCUCGCGCACGAGGUGAACGUGAUGUGGGCGGCUCACCAAGUCCAUCACAGCUCCGAGUACUACAACCUCUCCACAGCGCUUCGGCAGUCCGUCGUGCAGCCGUACACAUCCUGGGUCUUUUAUCUUCCAAUGGCCCUCUUUAUUCCACCGCCAAUCUUCAUCGUUCACAUCCAGUUGAACCUCCUCUACCAGUUUUGGAUCCACACGGAGAUGAUCACUUCCCUGGGACCUCUCGAGCACGUGCUGAACACCCCGAGCCACCACCGGGUCCACCACGGCCGCAAUCCGUACUGCAUCGACAAGAACUACGGUGGCACGCUGAUCAUCUGGGAUCGCUUGUUCGGGACCUUCCAAUGGGAGGGCGAGAAGGUCGUGUACGGACUCACCCACAACAUCAACACCUUCAACCCCUGGGUGGUGCAGUACGUCCACUUCCGGCACAUCUGGCGCACAUUCUGGACGACGCCAGGCUGGUGCCACCGCCUCUGGGUUGUGAUCAAGGGCCCCGGCUGGGCCCCCGGGAAGCCCAGGCUGGGCUGCCUCGACGACAUCCCCAAGAUAACGGGGGGCGAGGUGCCCUACGACCCGGCGCAUCCCGGGUGGGUGCAGGCCUACGUCGCGGCGCACUACGCACUCGGCUUCGGCCUCUACGAGAAGCUCAUGGCCGGCAACGAGGCGGCGACGCAGGCUGAAGUCCUCGCGCUCCUUGCGUCCAUCCUGCUGGCACUCAGCAGCUACAGCUUCAUCAUGGACAAGCGGACGUACGCUGCCCCCGUGGAAGCUGCGCGCUGCGCCCUCCACCUGGCCUGCCACCUGCUACAGCUCGUGGAACUGGGACUCCCUGCGCAGGUGUUGUUUGCAUCCUCGAUGGUGAUUUGGAGCCUCAGAAGCCUGAGAGUGAUUUAGCUUCCGUCGCCAGACUCUCCAGCCAGCCGACGAGCGACCGCAGCCGGAUCCGUGGGACGUCAUCGAGGACAGAAUGCGCGUGACGCCUCCCGACGCCAGCUCUGGGAGGCGAGGCCGAUGUCGACGCGGCUGGGCCACGACCACAAUGCCCCGCGGUCGAGGUGGUCGCUCCCCCCGCUGACUGGGUCCCUACCCACAAUGCCCCACGGUCGAAGUAGUCGCUCCCCCCGCUGACUGGGUCCCUACCCACAAUGCCCCACGGUCGAGGUGGUCGCUCACCCCGCUGACUGGGUCCCUACCCACAAUGCCCCGCAGUCGAGGUGGUCGCUCGCCCCGCUGACUGGGUCCCUACCCACAAUGCCCCGCAGUCGAGGUGGUCGCUCGCCCCGCUGACUGGGUCCCUACCCACAAUGCCCCGCAGUCGAGGUGGUCGCUCGCCCCGCUGAUUGGGUCCCUACCCACAAUGCCCCACGGUCGAGGUGGUCGCUCCCCCCGCUGACUGGGUCCCUACCCACAAGGCCCGGUCGUGCAUGACGCCAUCAUCCCUCCCAGCCACCGCUUCUCAGCCUCUCUCCUCCUCACUCACUCACUCUCUCGCUCCACUCGCUCCACUCACUCACUUCACUCACUCACCCCACUCACUCACCCCACUCACUCACCCCACUCACUCGCUCCACUCACUCAUUCACUCACUCCACUCACUCAUUCCACUCACGCACCGCUCACAUUGCCCAGGCCGGCUUCAUCUCUUGUGGCUAUACCGAGACAAAAAUCCAUCGCUCGGGGGGGGGGGAGGGGGGGCCUGAGUUGGGGAAGAUUUUAUGAAAGAAAAUGACUGAAGAAUUUACACCAUUGGAACCUCAUUUGCCAGUAAAAAAUAUGAUAAUUGUUUUUUUACCCUUCUAUCUGGCAACAAAACUGACACCUUUUUUACAAGGAGUCAUGUUUGCAUAGACCACAAUACCUGCAGUCAUAAUGCAAACAAAAAACACAACUCUGAUAAUGUAUGCACUGUCCUUGAAGUUGAUUGGCGUCAUCUGGUCCAACCCAUGUGAGACUAGGCUCUAAGGAAAGCUGUCUCGGGUGUGGACCAAUCAACUUCAAGGACAGUGCAUACAUUAUCAGAGUUAUGUUUUUUGUUUGCAUUAUGACUGCAGGUAUUGUGGUCUAUGCAAACAUGACUCCUUGUAAAAAAGGUGUCAGUUUUGUUGCCAGAUAGAAGGGUAAAAAAACAAUUAUCAUGACUGAAGAAGCUCACUUUUCUUUGGAACAUUUCGUUUACGUGAUCAAAGCAAAACGCAAUAUACACGAGCUGUUGUGAUCGGAAGCCAUUGGACUUCCUGUGAUAUUGCCGUUUGUAACAAUAAACGAUAUUCUGUUGA